GUUGCCCUGACCUGGCUCAUAACCAACGUCGACAGCCAAUAAAGAAGAAGCACUUGUGCUUGCGCAACUUUCAUCGCGGAGUUUGCGUCCUGCGUCUUUUCAAUCCACCUUCUUAUGGAGCUGAUCUCUGCUUGUGAACGGACCAUGACUGUGGUUGACUUUGAGGCGAUAGCGUCCGAACUGGUGCCCACGUCCCAGAAUGCAACUGUGGGAGCAGCGGUUGGGAUUUCCCUGGCAACCAGAACUCUGCUUUUACUCGUCUGUCUACUGCUGUUGGCUUGGGGACACAUGGACAAGCGACGCGUACCAGGUCCAUAUUUUUGCCUGGGAUUGGGGCCACUUCUUUCAUAUGUGAGAUUUAUUUGGACGGGCAUCGGCACAGCCAGCAAUUAUUACAACGACAAGUAUGGUGACAUUGUCAGAGUUUGGAUUGAUGGGGAAGAGACUCUCAUUCUCAGCAGAGCAUCGGCGGUGCACCACGUUUUAAAGCAUGGACACUACACCUCGCGGUUUGGGAGCAAAUUAGGACUAAGCUGCAUCGGCAUGAACGAGAGGGGGAUUAUAUUUAACAACAAUGUCACCCAGUGGAAAAAGACACGCAGCUAUUUCACCAAAGCCUUGACAGGCCGGGGCCUUCAACAGACCUCGGAGGUGUGCGUCUCCUCGACGCAGAAACACCUGGAGAACUUGAGGAAGGCUGCGGGAGGGGAUGCAUUGACAAACGUGGAUGUCCUCAGUCUGCUCCGCUGCACUGUGGUCGACAUCUCCAAUAGACUCUUCUUGGAUGUGCCCUUCAAUGAAAAAGAGCUAAUGCAGAAGAUUCUGAAGUAUUUCGAGACAUGGCAGAGCGUCCUGAUCAAACCAGACGUCUACUUUAAACUUGACUGGAUUUACCAAAGGCACAAGACAGCAGCCCAGGAGCUCCAAGAUGCCAUCGAGGGCCUUGUGGAGCAUAAAAGAAGAGAAAUGGACCAGGCGGAUAAACUGGACAACAUCAACUUCACUGCCGAGCUCAUAUUCGCACAGAAUUGCGGCGAAAUUUCUGCUGAGAACGUGACUCAGUGUGUGCUGGAGAUGGUGAUCGCCGCACCGGACACUCUAUCGGUCAGCCUCUUCUUCAUGCUGCUGCUUCUCAAACAGCAUCCGCAUGUGGAGCUGCAGCUCCUCCAGGAGAUAGACAGUGCCUUGGGUGACCGACCCCUGCAAAACGAUGACCUUAACAAGCUGCAAGUUCUGGAGAGCUUCAUCAAUGAAUGCUUGCGUUACCACCCAGUGGUAGACUUCACCAUGCGGCGUGCACUGUCUGACGAUGUCAUUGAUGGCUACAGGGUCCCAAAGGGCACAAAUAUCAUUCUGAACACCGGCCGAAUGCAUCGCACAGAGUUCUUCCCCAAACCCAACGAAUUGAAUCUAAAAAACUUUGAAAAGAAUGCUCCACGACGUUACUUCCAGCCAUUCGGAUCCGGUCCUCGAGCCUGCGUGGGCAAACAUGUUGCUUUGGUCAUGAUGAAAUCAAUCCUGGUGACGCUGCUCUCCCAAUAUUCCGUGUGCCCUCACGAGGGUUUGACUUUGGACUGCCUCCCGCAGACCAACAACCUCUCCCAGCAGCCUGUGGCGCACCAGCACGACAGCCAAAGUCUCACCAUGACAUUCUUACCCAGAAAGAGAGGACACUGGGACCCUCUUUGAGACUUUUUGUUUGCCUUCUCUCUUCCCAGACAUUUAUAUCGUGACCACAUACGUACAAUACAAUACAGCUUACCUAUUUAUUGGGUACACAUUAUUCAUGAUAAACAAUUGCCAAAUGAAUGCAUUAGAUACAUUGAGCUACUUUGUGUUUUGCUGUUGUGUGGCUGUACAGGGCUUAUUUGCAUGUGUAUUGAAUUCACUAUCAUACAUUAAACUGUAUUUUAUUAUUAUUAUAUUUUUCACUUUCAAUAAAUUAUUGCAGAGGAUUGUGGCAAUAUUUUGCGUCGU